ACAACCAAACAAAUGUUAUGAAAAUUUGUAAGCAGAACUGAGAUCUUGUCUGAAACAUUAAAUAAUGGAUCCAGGCGGGUGUCGGCUCUGCCUAGACCCGUACGCCGCGGGUCCCAUCUAUCCACUGGAGAACGCUCAGCUAAAGGAACAGCUGGCCACGGUGUUCAACUUCGCCAUCAACUCGGACCAGGGAGGCAUAUGCCAGCUGUGUUCUACGACCGUGUCCGACUUUUACCAAUUUUCAAUAAGGGUUCGUACGAACCAGGAACAAUUUAGCAGUUCUACGCUGAAAAGUGAACCAAGCGAACCAUUCACGUUCAAUGUUAAAAUUGAGCCCACCGAAUUUGUGGAGGCCCAGAUUGGGAAGCCAGACGAGCCAGAAUUCAAAGAGGAGCUAUCGGACGAAGAGGUUGACUUUAGCGACGAUGACGACUGCUAUGAACCUCCUAAGCAAGCUGAAUCGGAAGAUAACGAAGCUCCCGAAACGUCGACCAAGCGGAAAGGGAAGCAAUCCAAAGCUCGUAAGCCAAAGGGUCAGGAUGGUGAAGAUGGAGCGAAGCGUAAGGUUCGGAAACCAGUAUCUAAGGAACAAGCCGCAGAAGACCUUAAAAGAAUCAACGAAUUUUACAAAAUGGCUUGCGAGGAUUGCGACAUUGUAGUGGAGGACUUGUCAAAGCUGGAAGCUCACCACAAGGAGGUCCACAAACGAGGUUGGUACAUUUUGUGCUGCCGACGGAAGCUGUCGAACCGUACCAAUAUGAUGGAGCACAUGGAUUGGCACGAGAAUCCGAAGGCGUACCACUGCGAGAUUUGUAACAAGAACUACAAGGGAAAGAGCAGCCUGGCGAUGCAUAUGACGUUGACCCACAGUCCCCAGGAGGAACUGGUGUACAAGUGCGAUUUGUGUCGGCAGUCGUUCGCUUUGCAACACAUGCUGAAGAGACACAUGACGCAACACGAGAAGGCACCAUGUCCGGAAUGUGGCAAGAUAUUGGCCAACAAGGGUGCGCUUCGUUCGCACCAGAAAAACAUGCACAGCGACGUCGAUCGACGGAUGAUCUGCGAUACCUGCGGGCAGGAAUUCCUGAACAAGGUUUGCUUCGAGCGACACGUCCUGGAACACGCCGGAAUUGAUUCGUUGCAGCGGUUCCAGUGUCACAUCUGCCAGAGAUGGCUACGCGGAGAACGCGGUCUGCAGUUCCAUCUUCAGUACACGCAUUACGACCGCGAGAAGACACAUAUCUGCGAUAUCUGCAAUAAGCCGUAUCCGACUAGUCGGGCCUUGUACCGGCAUCAGGCGAUCGUUCACGUAGUGGAAAAGUACGAGUGUGAAUUUUGCGGUGCCAAGUUUAAGCAGCCGCAGAAUCUGAAGGAACAUCGAACCAUUCACACCGGCGAGGUACUGUACUCGUGCGAGUACUGCGACAAGUCGAUGAACUCCAGGGCAAACUUCUACGUUCACAUUAAGAAAAAUCACCCGUUCGAGUGGGCGCAGAAGAAGCAGAAUGGCAAAGAUGGCAGAAGUCAGGAAGCGAUGGUGUGGCCAAAAUAAAAAUUCCUUAUUAAAAAACAGUAAUUGUAAAUUUCUCGUCGCUCCAUACAAUUGACGUUACAUGAUGGGAGCAAGGGCGUCUAUACGAAGUGUCCGUACACUUUAUUCUUAGCGCCGGUAUUCGAGCAGUAAAAUUCGUGCAAAAGAACUUAUGCUCGUGGGUGUAUAAGUUUCUGGGCCAAAUUACCUGCGGGAAUGGGGAUCAUACAUACAUGAUCUAUAGAAA